UCGACAUCAGCUGAGCAAAUUAUAGUACUUCAAAACAAUAACACUGAGAACUGAGAAACCUGAAGAACACAGUGACGACAUAUAAAUAUUACAAUAACUUUUUCAGUUGAUAUUUUCGUAGAAAUUACAAAUAAUUAUUAAAGGGUCGAAUAAUACCCAAAUAUGUUUUUACGUAAGAAAUCUGAACCGAAUAAACGAAGAAUUCAUGAUUUAUCACAGUUUGGUCUAACAGAAAUUCCUGAUGACUUCGAUCCUGCGGGGGGUUAUGCAGAAAUGGAAGGAAAUGAUAGUGAUUUGGAAAAUGAAUUAGCUGCUAUUACAAAUGGAAUGAGCAAGACGCGAAAGCCUCAAAAUAAACAAGAACAAAAUAUUGAUCUUGAAAAAAUGGUAGCUGAAAGCCUGAGAGACAUUGGCAGCGAUGAUGAAAAUGACGCAGAUUUGGAAAAUGACACUGAACUUUUAGGUGAAUUGAACAGCAUUUCAGGGUUGGAAGAAUCUUUUGACUUAGUUAGGGAAAACGAGGAUUCAAAUACUACAAUUGCUGAUCAGGAUGGAGAGCAAAAAACUAUUUUGCCUACAACUAGUCUAGACAUUUUGCAGCUUAUUCAGCAGCGUAUCAUUAUGUAUAAAUUGGCUGAAGCGAGUGCUAAAGAGGCAGGCGAAAGUGCAAAGGUACGAAGGUUUGGUAGAGCUCUUAAAACUCUAUUGGAGAUACAACAAGCAGCCAAUAAGGGUAGAGAAAUUCAAAUAGAAGAUGUUCCACCAGAAGUUAGCGUUAAACCGCUUACUGAAAAAGGUGACAAGUUGACAGACACGGCACCCAGUCGCCCAGCACCUCCACCGCCUAUUAUUAAAACUGAAUCAGAAACAAAAUCAAUUUCGUCCCAAAAUAUGCCUAUAAAUGAAAUACAUGAUAGAUCAAUAAACUUGGACAAAAUGAAAUAUCGCCAAAAUCAAUAUAAAACUGCGGCACUACAAGCAAAGCGGAAUGGGAAUACGAAUAUGGCAAUGCAAUUUCUCAGAGUCGUAAAAAAGUUUGAUAUGGUCAUAAAAAUGGCAGAAGGUGGUCAAGAAGUAGAUUUGAGUGAUAUGCCCCCACCACCGGAUCAAUUUUUGGAUUUCUUAUCCAAAUUGCAAACAAAUAUUGAAGAAGACAAGAAGAGCGUUCAGAAAGUCCCUGAAUCACAUGAAAACGUUGACCAAAUUGAUGUAAAAGAUAACAAUAGCAUGUUGCUUACCAUGCAAGAAGCUCUUCAGCAACGAUUGGACAAAUAUAAAUCCGUACAAGAAUCGGCGACAGCAGAAGGAAAUUCUAGCAAAGCGCGUAGAUUUGGUCGCAUUGUGAAACAAUAUGAAGACGCAAUUAAACAAUAUAAAGCUGGCAAAUCUGUUGUUUAUGAUGAAUUGCCCGUUCCACCAGGUUUUGGUCCGUUGCCUUCAGAAAAUACAUCCAACAAUAAUUCCUGUGGUCCGGUAGAUACUGUGUUACCCAAACAUUCUGAAACACCAAAAGAUGACACGAGUGCCGCUGAAGAAUCUUCAGAAAGAACACCGAUACCAGUUACGUCUCAAACGUCACCGCAAAAGCUCGAUCUAACUACCCGAACAUCAGGAAAUCAACAAAAAAAUAAUUUAGCUGAACAGCAGAUGAAAAUUCUUCUUGACCGACAAGCUGAAUUUAAAGUUGCAGCAAUAGAGGCAAAGAAAGCUGGAGAAAUUGACCAGGCUAAGGAAUAUCUUAAAAUAUAUAAAGGAUUUGAUUCUUUGUUAAAUGCAGCUAGUAGCGGCUUGCCAGUUGACCUUACUUCGUUGCCACUGCCGCCAUCUCAACGUGAAAAUCUAGAAGCUUCAUUUGCUAUUGUUACUACCGAAGAAUGUGACCCUGAUAAUGAGUUGUCGGAUAUUGGUGUACGAAUUGAGGAACAAUUAGCCAAACAAUUAAUGAUGUGCAAAAAUACAAGGGAUCAUCAUAAGGCCAUGGGAGAUGUAGCCGGUAUGAAUCGUUUUGAAAAUUUAGCAUUGACCGUGCAGAAAGACUUGGACUUAGUGCGUUAUUCAAAGCAUAAAAACCUCAGUUUGCCUAAAUUUCACUAUGAGAAACGAAGCUUUAAUAUUGUGCAUUGCAAUACAGACCUUUCCGAUAACGAAUUAGAAAUUGUUGUUGUGCGAGGCCUUAAUUAUAAUGUACCUAACCCAAAGGAUGUUGAUACUUACGUAAAAAUUGAAUUUCCUUUAAUGAAUGAUGAGACAUUUAAAGGCAAAACCUCAGUAAUUAAAAAUAAUGAUAGUCCAGACUAUGAUCAACAUUUCCAGGUUGAAAUCCAUCGAGGAAAUCGACAGUUUCAACGUAUAUUUAAAAGACAUCAUGUAAAAUUUGAAGUAUAUUCUCGAGGCAUAGAUUUUUGUGGACUAAGUCGUGUACUGCCUACGUGUUGUUUCAGAGGUUUUCUACGCUCAGAUAUCCUUAUAGGAACGGUUAAUGUGAAAUUACAACCUAUGGAAACGAAAUGUGAUAUACAUGAUACUUUCAAUUUAAUGGAUGGCCGAAAAACGGUUGGUGGUAAAUUAGAAGUUAAAUUGCGUGUACGCAACCCUAUUCUUACGAAACAAGUGGAGCAUAUUGAAGAGAAAUGGUUGGUAGUGGAUUCAUAGUUUGUCGAUUGUGUAUAUAUGUAUUUAAAAUAGAUAUUUUAAAAUGUAUUAUUUAUAUCUACUUAUGUCUUUAUUUUCGCAAUUUCGUCUUGAUAUUAAAUGGUAUCACUUGCAUAUAGUUAUAUAAUAAAAGUUGACAUAAAACAAACCAAACAAAAAAGGAA